UGCGGAGCCGUUGCCGAGGCGGCGAGGAAGAGCGUUGGGCUUACCUCACAGUUUUCCCAAGCGGUUGCGCCUCCUCUGCCGGCUUCCUCAUUAGACUGCCUUUCCGCGAGCCGACCGGUUCUGUCAUGGCGACCCGCAGUCCCAGCGUCGUGAUUAGCGAUGAUGAACCAGGUUAUGACCUAGAUUUAUUUUGUAUACCUAAUCAUUAUGCAGAGGAUUUGGAGAAGGUGUUUAUUCCUCAUGGACUGAUUAUGGACAGGACUGAAAGACUUGCUCGAGAUGUCAUGAAGGAGAUGGGAGGACAUCAUAUUGUGGCCCUCUGUGUGCUCAAGGGGGGCUAUAAAUUCUUUGCUGACCUGCUGGAUUACAUUAAAGCACUGAAUAGAAAUAGUGAUAGAUCCAUUCCUAUGACUGUAGAUUUUAUCAGACUGAAGAGCUACUGUAAUGAUCAGUCAACAGGGGACAUAAAAGUUAUUGGUGGAGAUGAUCUCUCAACUUUAACUGGAAAGAAUGUCUUGAUUGUUGAAGAUAUCAUUGACACUGGUAAGACAAUGCAAACUUUGCUUUCCCUGGUUAAGCAGUACAAUCCCAAAAUGGUUAAGGUUGCAAGCUUGCUGGUGAAAAGGACCUCUCGAAGUGUUGGAUACAGGCCAGACUUUGUUGGAUUUGAAAUUCCAGACAAGUUUGUUGUUGGAUAUGCCCUUGACUAUAAUGAGUACUUCAGGGAUUUGAAUCACGUUUGUGUCAUUAGCGAAACUGGAAAAGCCAAAUACAAAGCCUAAGAUGAGCUCAAGUUGAAUCCGCAAACAUGAGGAGUCCUGUCGAUGUUGCCAGUAAAAUUAGCAGGUGUUCUAGUCCUGUGCUGCCAUCUGCCUAGUAAAGCUUUUUGCAUGAACCUUCUAUGAAUUUUAUGGUUUUCAUUUUUAGAAGUGUCAGUUGCUGUGUCCCUGAACUUUUGAUUUGCACUAUGAGCCUAUAGGCAGCCUAUCAGUUCCUUCUGGUAGAUUGUGGCUUACUUUGUGAGAAAAACAAAUCUCUUAAAUUACCACUGUUAAUUGAUAAUACUGAGAUUGUAUCUGUAAGAAGAAUUUAAAGAGAAGCUAUAUUAGUUUUUUAAUUGGUAUUUUAAUUUUUAUAUAUUCAGGAGAGAAAGAUGUGAUUGAUCUUGUUAAUUUAGAACAGUCUGAAGUUCUCAAUUUCAUCAGUAACAGCAUCUAAGCAGGUUUCUUGGUGGAAUGAACACGGUUCAGCAGUGUUGGCUGUAUUUCCCACUUUCCGUAAAUCAUUGUCAGCAGUUCCUUUGAAAUGCAAAUAAAUAAAUCCUAAAAAGUU